AUGAUGGGCAAACCGCUUUUUCGUCUCAAGACCCUGCAAGUCCCCGGUCCUUGGCUGUCAUUGAACCGCUUACGUUACCAAAAUCACAAAUUGAAUCAUGUGCCAAUCACACAGUGUAUCAUAGUCCGGCUUGCAUCCAAACCACCUACUUCAGUGGAACUGAGGUCAUCUAAUCUUUUCAGUCUUGCGCCCGAUAUUCUAAAUUUCAGUGAAAGGCUGAAAAUGGUCUCCUCGGGCACAAAACGAGCGGCAUUCGAAGUUGCACUUUUCCUCGCAUCUCAAGCAGCCUUAUAUUACACCUUGCGGUGGGUCCUCGACGCGGUGUCUCCAGACAAGAAAGAUGCAGAAGUGAAAGAAAAGCAAAUGGCGGCUUUGAAACGCCUGGGACACCACGAGUUGAAGUUGGAUGAAUACGAACGCAAAGUUGCGAAUGAAGUAAUUCAUCCCGAUGACAUUCCGGUCACCUUUGGAGACGUGGGCGGUCUCGACCCUAUUAUCUCCUCUCUACGGGAGUCCGUAAUUUACCCUCUCCUGUAUCCCAAUCUGUUCACCUCGUCUUCCUCUCUUCUUGGGGCUCCCAAGGGAGUUCUCCUCUUUGGACCUCCGGGGUGUGGCAAGACUAUGCUUGCCAAAGCCUUGGCCAAAGAAUCCGGGGCCACUUUUAUCAACAUCGCAGCUUCGGUUCUGACGAACAAAUGGUACGGCGAGUCGAACAAGUUAGUGGCGGGAUUGUUCAGCCUUGCCCGCAAGACACAGCCUGCUAUCAUCUUUAUUGAUGAAAUCGACUCUUUCCUCCGAGAGCGCACAAAGGGCGACCACGAGGUGACGGGAAUGAUGAAAGCAGAGUUUAUGACACUCUGGGACGGCCUCCUCUCUGGAUCGGACAGAAUUCUUGUUCUUGGCGCAACAAACCGACCAAAUGACAUCGACUCUGCCAUUCUGCGUCGCAUGCCUAAGCGUUUUGCUAUCGGACUACCUAAUGUAGAACAGAGAACAAGAAUUCUUGAUUUGAUGUUAAAGGAUACCAAAUUGGCACCUAAUUUCUCAGUGCAAGCACUGGCAGAGCAGACAGAAGGUCUUUCUGGUUCCGAUCUGAGAGAGUUAUGUCGAAAUGCAGCCAUGGUCCCUGUACGAGAAUUUAUGAAAAGUACAACUAAUAACCACGAGGCACUCGCCAAGGGUCAAUUGGAGGGUUUCGAUCUAAGACCUCUGACGGUCGAAGAUUUCUUUGCUCACGAUGGAUCAAGCCCUUUGCCUCCAGCAUUUAAUGAGAACCGAUCACGGCUAGACGAUGAACCUUUAGAUUGA